ACCAUGGCAACUUCAGCACAAGGAUCCUUAGGACAAGGAGCAGUAGGGGGAAAUUUCAAAAUCAAUUUCGAUCCACUCAAAUUCAUUAAUCGAAUGGGUGAGUAUAAUGGUAGCAGUGCGGCAGAACUUGUACAAUUCGUGACCAAAGUAGAAUUUUUAAUAAAUAGUAUGAGUAGUUAUUCGGUACAAUCAAGAAAGUUCGUAGUACUACAGAUUAGGGAUAAAAUCGUAGGGAAAGUGAAUACCACAUUACUAAGAUAUAGUAUAGACAAUACUAGCUGGGAGGAUAAAAAAAGGAUAUUAGUAGAAAAUUUCAGCGAGAGAAAUACGUUCUUACAGUUGAGGGAAAUUGCAGAAAGGAUUCAGCAUAAGUAUAUAACUCAAACGUAUAACGAAUUAUCUAGUAUUUUAACGCGAAUGAACAAUAAGUAUCACUUGUCGGAAGAAAAACCGAUAGAUAGAAAACCCGAAUGUAACGAAGAAGCAAUUUUAAACUUAUUUAAAGAGAAAAUCCCAAUUAGCGCCGCAAGCAUUAUAAUUUCGCGAGAUAUUAAAACCUUAUUCGAAGCGUAUAGGAUUUUGGAACAAAAUAAUUGGACGCGGUCGGAUAGGAAGUAUCAAUUUACAAAGUUUAAUUCGAGUAAUGUGAACAAAAGUGAUAAAAAUAAAUAUACAAGUGCACCAAGAAAUUAUCAGAAUUAUCAACGCUAUCAAAAUGUGAAUCAGAACCAACAAAAUCAAGUGAAUCAACCAAGUGAUUUAAAUAGAAAUUAUAAUCAAUGGCAAAACAAACAACCCACAGUGAAUGCAAGACAGCAGAAUAAGAAGGUCAAAGAAAAAGGAGAAUCCCAAUAA